UGUUCAUGACAUUUGCAUGAAUGUGUAGAGCUGCAUUCACAGAGUGAGUCUGUUGAUAAACCUCUGCUCUGUGAUUGGCUGCUCCAUGACCAACAUGAGAUGGUGAACAUGGUUAAAAGUUAGUGCCACUGGACAGAAGUCACUGGAAGCAGAAUGAAAGCGAUGGCUCGUCUGACGCUGCUUCUUGUUCUGCUGUGGGUCGGUACCACAGUGAGCACAGUGGUGGAUGUGCACAAAAGGAUCAUCGGAGGUGAAGACUGUGGUAAAGAAGAGCGUCUGUAUCACGUGAAACUGGUCGAUCAAAACAAUAAUUUCAUCUGUGGAGGCUCUCUGAUCAGCAAGCAGUGGGUUCUGACUGUGGCUCACUGCUGGAAGUCAGGAUUCAAGUUGUCAGUCAUUUUAAGAGUGCAUCCAGGUAAAAGGGCAAAGAGUGUGGACAUAAAAGCCAAAGACAUCAAGACAUACCAGUACCAUGAUAUCAUGUUAUUGAAGUUACCUCGAAGAAGAAUUCUCAUUAAGACUAUAAAACUUGGUGACUGCACAACAAAACCCCAACUGGGAGCCUCAGUGCAGAUCGCAGGGCAUGCCACCACCAACGUGAACAGUAAAAAUGAAUUUGUACCCCAGAGAGUAGAUGAUCUUCAGUGUGCAGAUAUUAAAGUCGUUGCCUGUACUGGCCUUGGUUACACUAUGUGGAGGACACAGUCUACUGCUGACCACUGGUUCUGUGGUGAAGAUACUAAAGUGCAUGCAGCUCCUGGUGACUCUGGUGGAGGAGUCGUGUUCGAUGGCCGGCUCUACGGUUUGAUCCAGGGUGGUGGUAAACGCGCAUGGGACCUAACAAAUCGCUUUCCAAAGCACCUGACCAACCCGAUGACGGAGUACGACAGUACGACCAAAAAAUGA